UGAAACGAGUUAAAUAUCCAAUUUUUAGAAUUUAAGAACAUAUGAACAUUCAUUUACAGAUGACUUUUAGACUUUUAUCAUGAUAGGUUUAUUUGAUUUGUUCCUUAUUUUAGAAAAAUACUCCUAGUUAAAAUGUAAUUCAUUCACAAACCGUAAACUGAAGCAAUGGAUAAUUUAAAUUAUAAAUUCGAAAAUUAUCUUCUGAAGCUUGCUAGAUCAAAACGGAUGAGCUAUGAAAUGAUGCACAAGAAAAAAGAAGCGUUGUUUUGGGCUAUGGUAAAUAUGUUAUGCAUUAUAAUAGUUCCCGUGUUGUUAUCGUUUACAUCCUUUGGAAUACCUGUUGUCAAAAUGAUAACCAAUUUAGGUCUUUUAUCUAAUCUUUUUAUGCAUACGUACGUUAUACUAAGGAACCCUAAAUCACUGGAGCAAGAAAUGUCGGAAGACAAAUUUUCUUCUCAGCAACCAGGGCAAAAAGAAAAGAUUUUGGUAAAACUACUUCGACCACCGAAGACUGUGCAAACUUCAUCUUUUGAACUCCCUUCUCUCCAAGAUUCUCCAAGCCCGGUUGCGCCACAACAGAUUACGUAUGAUGUUGAGACAGAAAUCAUCUCUAGGUAUUUCAAAAUGGAAGCUGGAGUCCUGAUUACGCCUAAGGGAGUGGUCAUCAAACAUUGCCGGUGCCCUGUCCUAAACUACAAGUGUCGACUGUGCCCUUUCAGGACUUACCCCUUGGCCUACUUCAAGUCCUGGUUCUGGGGUACGGCUGGAUUAGCAAAUGAGGAGUGCCCUUACUGCGGGGUAGGUUUCAUAAUGUUCAAAGAUGAAUACGAAACCCUCUUGAAGGGAAGUUACCCUCUCCAUCAUUGCAUUUGUCAUUGUUAUUAUUGUAAAUAUGCAAAGCACCGACCUCUUAGACCGCGCGUUAAUCUUAUACCUGAUAUUAAUCACUGUUCCUGCAUAUGCCGCCAGUGUAGAGGCAUUGAAGAUAUUGUUCAUGGAAUUCAACCACUUGAAGAUGGAAAACAGUUUAGAAUUUUCCAAAUUCCUCUUUCCAACUCUCACGAGGAGAAAUCAUCACACUCCCUUCUUUCUCGAGUAACUACUUCUUUUAAUUCUCGACAAUUCCCUUUAAAAAGUCAGAUAUUAAGAAAUAUUAUUAGUAUUGGAGAUUGCAAGAAUCUACAGAUCCAUAGUGAAGUAUGGAGAAGAUUUGGAAUUAAUCCUUUUAAUCUCGUGACAUGGAUAGCAAACCUCAGAGCAUGGGUUUCGAACACGAUACUAAAAAGGUUAGUGGAAGAAAUGGCACUAAUAGACCACAAAUUGCAGUGGCAUGGCUUGUCGUUGAUCACAAUUGGAGAAGUCGGCCUUGAUAUCCUGAGAGCUACUGCUUAUUCUGAACAGAUUUCCAGAGAGAUCCCUUCGUUAGCUCAGAUGCUGCCAUUUCUGGAGAUCUGUGCCAACCAACAAUACGUGGUGCAAAGGAUCAGAGAACUCGCUGUGGGAAACAACAUGCGAGAGUUCUCAGGCCAGUCGACGGGGAACUGUAGGGACCCAAUGUGGAGCGGCUACGUACCCUCUGAUUCAGAAUUAGUUAUGCAUUUAGUGAUGACCUACUUGGAUGCCAUGCUACCACCGAUGGAUUUAGAACCACGGAAACGAACAUUUUCGACGGUGUUUUUUUCGAAGAGCCCUAAGAUGCCUCCUCAGAAUGAAAUUGCCAUAAUCCAACAAAACGCACGCCCGACAUCUUAUCAAGUUCUUGUUAAAGGAAAAAUUUGUCCAAUACCGACGGGCCAUAACAACAUUUUUUUCACUCUUCUCUUGUUCAUUCAUUGCAUUAAAAAGUUCCACCAGUCCACUCUCGGUAAGACGAACAUUGGUCCAGCGGGUCUGAAUAUGUUGUGGAUCAUAGAUGAUGUGUAAAACAGGAAUUAUAUUUAUAAUUUUAAUUCUUCGAAUAUUUUGUUAACAAGUAAUUCACGCUUUUUCGUAAAUGAAAUUUUAUUGUUUAAUAUUCAGAAUCACUUAACUUUGUAUUUCUUUCAGUUAUGCAAUAUACGUG